AGCAAUUCGCUUCUGAAGAAUAUCAAUAUCGUUGGCAAAUCAAACUCUAUGAGUUACGACAAAAGGAAUCUGAAAAAUUGGAUACCUAUGCUACCAAGUUCAAAAAGUUACUCGGUAGAGUUAAUAUGAAUAAUGAGUUUUCAGAUAGAUACAUA